AUGGAGGAAGAGUGUCCAGAAUUAGUGCCAACAGUUCCAAAGAGCAGAGUUACUGUAGAGACUAUAGCUAGUGGAGACGAUGCAUCCAUUAGUAAUGAGGCAUUUUCAUGCAAGAAAGUCCCUGUUACCAUUAUAACUGGAUUUUUAGGAGCUGGAAAAACUACACUUCUUAAUUAUGUAUUAACUGAACAACAUGACAAGAAGAUUGCAGUUAUUUUAAAUGAGUUCGGUGAAGGCAGUGCCGUGGAGAAAUCAUUGUCAAUAGGACAAGCUGGAGAGUUAUUUGAGGAAUGGCUGGAAUUGAGAAAUGGAUGUCUCUGUUGUUCAGUAAGAGAUGCUGGAGUUAAAGCAAUAGAAAAUCUAAUGCAACAUAAAGGUAAAUUUGACUAUAUUCUUUUGGAAACUACUGGGCUAGCAGACCCUGCAAUAGCUAGCAUGUUCUGGUUAGAUGAAGGCUUGGGCAGUGAGAUCAUGCUUGAUGGAAUUAUUACUGUAGUAGAUGCCAAGUAUAGUCAACAGCAAUUAGAAGAGCAUAAGAGUAAUAACAUAAUUAAUGAGGCUGUAGGUAUUUCUGAUAAUAUUUGAUGUUAUAAAUUCUAUACUAUGUGUUUCAGACAAGUAGCAUUAGCUGAUGUUAUUUUAAUUAAUAAAUGUGAUCUUGUAAGUCCAGAGGAUGUUGACAAAUUAAAGGAGAAAAAUAAGGUUGGGUUUCUCUCUCUUGUAUCCUCUACUCACAGAGUUAUAAUACAAGGUGUCUAUGAGUAUAUGAGAAACAAGAGGACUACAAUUUGGCAAGAAAAUGAACCUCGAAUUAAUCGACUUGUUUUAAUAG